GUCACAGCAAUUGAAAUCGAUAGCUACUGAAGUGCGAACGCAUUCCGCGGAAAUAAAUAAAGCAAACUUUAUAUAAAUUAUAAAAACCUUAAAAUGAUGAGCCAAACUUUUACACUCUGCUGCCUUGUUUUGGUGGCCUCCGUAUCCGCCAACACGGUCUCCACCAACGACACGGACUGCCCCAAGUUCUGCCCCUCCCUUUACAAGCCGGUGUGCGCCACUGACGGAUUGAACUUCAAGGAAUUCGCCAGCGACUGCAACCUCCUGAGCCACAACUGCCGUCGCGAGAGGAACAGCCUGCAGGCCUAUGCUGCCACCGAUGCCGCUUGGUGCAGCUCCGAGUUUGUGGAGAAUCUGCACGAGAAACUGGGCAACUUCAAGCUGGAGGUCCAGGAGUGCUUCAAGCCCUGCUCGAUGAUCUACCAGCCGGUGUGCGUUACCAAUGGCAAGUACCGUGCCGAGCUGAGCAACUCCUGCCUGCUGGACAACUUCAACUGUGCUCUGCGGGUCAGCGGCGCCCAACCCGCCGAGAACUUCCGCAUUCUGCGCGACCAAAAAUGCUAGAAGCGAUCGAUCGUAAAACGGAACAAUACAGGCCCAUUCUUUGUACGAUAUAGUCCUUGCUUUGUCUAAAGCGAAAAUAUAUUUCUUGAAACCCAA